AUGGGCGAGAACAAUGAAGUAGUGGUGGUGGUAUUCACCGGAGUCGACAAUAAUGGAAGGGAUGGCACACUUGUUACUGGCGUAAGGGCACCAGUCCUGGUUGCCUGGGUCGUUUGUGCAGCGCUGGUGACGGAGACUGGAGAAGACACAGAAGUGCCGAUCGGAGAUGAAAACAGCCCACCGAAAGGUGUGAAAUUCGAAGUUGUUGUUGCGCCUGACAACAAAUAUACCGAUUUGGUUACCGAUGUAAAAAAAAAAGAUGCAACAGACGUAGAUACGACAGUUUUACAGAACAAGACGAUCUUUGUGGGAAAAAAUAGUUAA